AGUGCCUCAUGAACCACUUUGGUGGCAUAAUCCAGUGCCUUGAGCUGAGCAAGGCUUUGCAUUUGCAGGCACUGCAAUGGUUUGAUUCUUGUUCCUGAGCAGUUGAGCUGCACACGCUAACCUCUUUUUCACCAAGUUCUUGGCAUUGCAUUGCCUCACAUGCCAUGUGAGUAGAUGAGCAGAGCUCACUCCAAGUCAAGCUGCACACCAGCAUCAACCCACCGCGAGAUCUCCCAAGAUUCGGCAAUGGAGAAGUCCUGCUACUUCACUCUGCGAUGGGAGAGCACCGGUGACCAGUGGUGGUACGCGUCGCCGAUCGACUGGGCGGCGGCCGACGGCCACUACGACAUCGUCCGCCAGUUGCUGCACCUCGAUCCCAACCUGCUCAUCAAGCUCACCUCCCUCCGUCGGAUCCGCCGGCUCGAGGCACUGUGGGACGACGACCCCCGCUUCGCCGACGUGGCGCGGCACCGCGCGUCGGUCGCUCGAAGCCUGCUACUGGAGUGCGAGUGCAGGAACCACCCGCUCCCGGGAGGCGGCGGGAACACGCUGCUCAGGGCUGGGUACGGUGGGUGGUUGCUGUACACGGCGGCGUCGGCGGGGGACAUGGCGUUCGUGCAGGAGCUACUGGACAGGGACCAGCUGCUCGUCUUCGGCGAGGGCGAGUACGGCGUGACGGACAUGUUCUACGCGGCGGCGAGGGGCGGAAGCGCCGAGGUGUUUAGGCUGCUGCUCGACCACGCCAUGUCGCCGAGGUGCUCGACAAAUUGCCGGAACGGGGAAGGCAGGAGCGGCGCCGGUCGCGGGUCCGUGUUCUGGCUGGAGAUGAUGAGCCGGGCCGUCCACGCCGCGGCGAGAGGCGGCAGCGUGGAGAUGCUGAGGGAGCUCAUCGAGCGGCGCUCCGACGUUUCGGAAUAUCUCGACGUCCGUGGAUCCACCGUGCUGCACGCCGCUGCUGGGAGAGGGCAGCUGCAGGUUGUGAAGUACCUCAUGGCCUCUUUCGACAUAAUCAACACCACUGAUAAUCAUGGGAACACUGCAUUACAUGUAGCAGCCUAUCGAGGGCAUCAGCCUGUUGUCGAAGCAUUGGUUGCUGCGUCUCCAUCAACCAUGUCAGCAGUCAACAAUGCUGGUGAUACAUUUCUUCAUUCAGCAGUUGCGGGAUUUAGGACCCCAGGAUUCCGACGGCUUGACCGCCAAAUGGAGCUGAUGAGAUACCUCAUACGUGAAAGAACUGCAGAUAUCCAAAAGAUCAUCAACUUGAGAAACGACGCAGGCCUUACCGUCCUUCACCUGGCUGUGGUUGGUUGCGCGCAUCCAGACCUCGUUGAGCUCUUGAUGACCACCCCAUCGAUCAACCUUAAUGCUGAAGAUGCGAAUGGCAUGACCCCCCUAGCAUUGCUAAAACAGCAGCUGCGCUCAUCGACAUCUGAGCGGCUCAUCAAGCAGAUAGUCUCUGCUGGAGGAGUCUUGAAUUCUAGUAUUUUGAGAACCCGAUCAGCCAUUGCUUCCCAGAUAAAGAUGCAGGGGGGAAUUGCAAGCGCUCCUGGUACUACUUUCAAGGUAUCAGAUGCAGAGAUAUUCUUGUUCUCCGGUAUCGGAGCAGCGGACUCUCUAAGGCCAAGCUCAUGCUCCAGCAAUGGCAAGGAUGACCCUACUCACACAGAUACAAACGGUGCAGGUGGCGAAAACCAUGUAUCGUCAGAGAAGCGACUGAGCUCUGCGAGUCGAGCUAAGGACCGUCUCAAGAUGAUGCUGAGAUGGCCUCGCCACAAGACGCCAAAGAAAUCAGAGGACAACGGCCCGCUGGAUUCCAUCAAGAAACUGAACGAGCACGCCGUCGAGACACCAGCUCCGCUGAGGCAGAAAUUCACCAAGACAACGGCGCUCAACAACAAGCGAACUCUUGCAGUGAAAAGCUCCACCCCUAGCUCAGCCACCAAGAAGAAGCUCAACACGAAGCUCAUCCAUGGCAUCAUGGAGGCCAUGCCACAGCUGGCACCGUCCGGGCGGUCUCGUUCCCCGACUAGCACCCUCCCGAGGUCCUCCAUGUCGUUUACUCCACCACCGUUGGCGAAGCUGAAGGGCAUCUGCCUGGAUGACGAGAUCUCAAUGGCGACGCCGCCAUCCGGUAAGCUGAAGGACAUUGUCCUGGACAGCGACACCAUGGAGGACCCGUCGUGCUCCAACUCGUCGAUGGACGAUGGCGGCGCCGCCAGCGGUCCGGUGGGGAAUGCAACCAGGAGGCACGGGUGCGGGAACGGGAGGCUGAUCAACAUCUGCUUCGGCGCGCAGGGCCUCACCGUGGAGGACUCGGUGAGCGGGCAGCAGACGAGCAAGAUGUUCAAGCAGCAGUGCCUCAGGGUGUCUUGAUUGAAGGACGCCGCCCCUCCUAGUGUCUCUCUGAAUGGUUGUGCAGUUCAACGUCUAUCGGCCUGUUGAACUCCAUGGUUAACUGGUGCGUGUGAUUAACUGAUUGGCUUGUUUUCUCCCGCGUGUAUGUUGAGGCGUGUGCUUGAUUUCUGGUUGUGAAUUUCAUAAUUAGUGAUGAUCCUA